CGGGCGGGCAGGGCCGGGCCGGCCGCCUUAUGUAAGGGCAGAGGCGGCGCCAGCAGCGCUGUGGCGGCACCGGCACCAUGUCCUGGUACCGCAACGCCGUGUGGUUCGUGAAGGGGCUGCGGGAGUACACCAGGUGGCACGGUUCAUCUGGUUUGCCGAAAUAAGGAACGGGCUGAGGUCGCCAAAGGAGAAAUAGUGACAGAAACAGGCAAUCAGGGAGCUGAAACCAACCAGCAUUACACUUCAGUUCUUUAAUGGAGGUGAAUUGGAUCAGUCCUUAUGUAGAAACAAAUACUUUCCAGCUGUCUUUAACUGUGUAAUCCCAUGACUAUAGUAAGACUGGUGAUUAUCUGUGUUACCUCCUUUUCUAACUACAGCCAGACAGCCUGGGAAGAGGGAAUAUCUUCUUGCAUGUUGUGGAUAUAUCUAAUCCCAAGGAAAUCUGGAAGUUUGCUGAAAAAUUCAAAAAUGAACAUAAAUUAAAUGUGUUGGAGUUGUCUUACAGAUCAACAAUGCAGGAUGUAUGGUGAAUAACAGAGAAUUAACUGAAGAUGGACUUGAAAAAAACUUUGCAACAAACACUUUGGGUACAUACAUUCUGACAACUGCCCUGCUGCCCCUCCUGGAAAAAGAAGCUGAUGCCAGAGUGAUAACUGUCUCUUCUGGGGGCAUGCUAGUUCAAAAAUUAAACAUAUCUGACUUGCAGUCGGGAAAUGGGACAUUUGAUGGAACUAUGGUGUAUGCACAGAACAAGAGACAGCAAGUUGUCUUGACAGAACAGUGGGCAAAAGCUCACAGAAACAUUCAUUUCUCUGUGAUGCACCCUGGCUGGGCAGACACUCCAGCUGUGAGAUCGUCAAUGCCAGAUUUCUAUCAGAAGAUGAAGAAUACCCUGCGCACAGAGGCCCAGGGAGCUGAUACCGUUGUAUGGUUGGCAGUAUCAUCUGAAGCAAUAAAGUUACCGAGUGGCUUGUUCUUCCAAGACAGGCAACCAGUCCCUACACACUUACCCCUGGCAAGCACCCACAGUCCACUGGAGGAUGAGGAGAAGCUAAUGGAGGUGCUGGAAGAGUUCUCCCAGAAGUUUAAAUCCACUUCUCCAGGAACUUAGUGCCACUGCUGACACAGCGUAACCAUAAAGCUUCUAAUUACACAGUGACAGUGCUGUAGUGCGCCUGCUGUUGAGGGGAAGUAGGAUGCCAUAGGCCUGUUAAUUGGGUUUAGGUGUUCUUAUCAUGGGGGAGAGCAGUGCCUGCAACAUUUUUUUUCUGUUGCAGAGUCUUUCCCAUUGUGAAUAUGCACCUGCUGUCUCAAGACACAGUAAGGUUGCAGUCUUUGAAUUGGAAGAAAAAUUGGGAGGCAUUAAAAUAAAACCCAAGGCUUUGUGAAGUUACCUAACAAACAUAAUUUGAAACUCUCACCACAGAGAAAUACAGAGGAGUGUACCUUCCAGGAAAGAAGUAGUGAAUGUUUUAAACAAUGUUUAACCACUGUAUUUGACAAGUUGGUGGCUUCCUUCACUGUGGGGGGGGUGACUGGGCUCAAACCUGUAACUGGGAAUGCAGAAACUCUCUCCUGCAUUGCCCGUUUAGUCUAAAUGGAAGGAUUCCUCACGGCCUUCAGCUAUAAAUCAAUGCUGUUAUGCAGAAGUGAUCUGAUUCCUCAUGUUUAAACAGCGAGAAUUUAGGAACACUGCCAAAUGCCUUCCAUGUUACUUUAUGGAGCCAAGGCUGAAUAUUAUCCUGUUUAUGUCAAGAAGCUGUGAAGUAGGUUUCAACACAUACCACACCCAGACAUGGCUGGAUCCAACAGAGAAAUGGCUGCAUGACUCUAGGCAUUGAGAAUAAAUAACAUGCUAAGCUGUA